AUGAGUUCAGAGGGUGGACUAACCAGGUCUCUGUCCGAUACCUGGCAGAAGCCACUACGGGCGCAGCAGCAUCCGCGGAGAGGAUACUUCGCCCACCUGCUAUUGAGGGGGGAAACAACACGGGGAGUGGAAGUUACCGGUUAUAAGCUCGCACAAAUAGGCGUCAUACGUGCGGGCGCCAGGGGCUACUCUCGACAGUGGGAGGAUCCAUCGAAGAUCUAC